CUGGCAGAAAUCCAGCGACACGCACUAGUAUCACGGUACAAUCCCACCCGCAAUGCAUCCAGCCUCACCACGCCGAUGCAAGUAGGCAAUGGAAACUUUGCUUUCGGCGCCGAUGUCACAGGUCUCCAAACUUUCCAGCCUUUCGCCAUCAUGUCUUCGUGGGGGUGGAAAAAUGAUUCUUUGCCCCAGGGUAAGACGAUGGAAGAUUUGGAUGACUAUCACGGCGUAAGUUGGUAUAAUCACGAUCUACUUGUCGAGUAUGAUUUUGGGGGUGACGAAUUGAUUGAGCAAUGGCUCACCUCGAAUCCGAACCGUGUUAAUAUAGGACGGGUGGGGUUGGCGUUUCGGUCGGUUGAAGGAGAGGUACUCAACAUGACGGAAAGUUACUUGACAGAUAUUCACCAGGAACUCGACCUUUGGACAGGAACAAUCACAAGCGAAUUCUCAUUCGAAGGGGUGCCAGUUACUGUGACAACGACGUGUGCACAGGAUCGGGACACCGUUGGAAUCAGCAUCGAAUCCGCGCUGCUGAGCGACGGCCAGUUGGGUGUAUUCGUGGAUUACCCAUGGAACGAUGGUUCAGCAUACUUCAGCGCACCCUUCGUCGGAAACUGGGACCUUCCUGCCAACCACACGACUUCGCUCAGUACUAACGUCAAUAGGCACAUCGCAGAGAUUAACCACACGCUCGUCGCAGCGUCGUUCAUCACUUACUUCGAUGGCGAUGCUUUCACUAUAUCCCGUGAUUCUCCCGACGCUCAUCGUUACACCAUCCUACCCAGCGAUUCUUCGUCGACCUUCCGAAUGGCAAUCACCUAUGGACCUGGUAUCGCAACCCCGACCGACAAGACAAGUUACGAGGCCACAGUCACUUCAUCGCAAAAAGCAUGGGACACCUUUUGGUCUCAGAGCGGUUUCGUCGACGUGUAUACAGAGUCUUCGGAUCUGAGAGCAGACGAGUUGCAAAGGAGGAUUAUUCUGUCGCGAUAUUUGAUGCGGGUCAAUGAGGCGGGAGACACGCCGCCCCAGGAGUCCGGACUAGUGAAUAAUGGCUGGUAUGGCAAGUUCCACAUGGAGAUGUACUUUUGGCACUCGGCGCACUGGGCCCUCUGGAACAACUGGGAGCUGCUCAACCGAUCUACCGAUACCUACGCAAAAUUCUUGCCAUCCUCGAUAUACAGGUCCCAGGAACAGCAACACUGGCCCUCCGGUGCACGGUGGCCAAAAAUGACCGACCCUUCAGGCCGCUCAUCCCCAGGCGAGAUAAACAAUCUGCUAAUCUGGCAGCAGCCGCACCCCCUCGUGUUUGCGCAGUAUGAGUACCGGGCAUCACCAACGAUGGUGACGCUGCGCAAGUGGGAGGAUGUGGUUCGGGAAACAGCCAACUGGAUGGCAGAUUUUGCAUGGUACAACGAGUCCACAGGCGUCUAUGACCUUGGGCCACCCAUGUACGUCGUCAGCGAAGAUACCAGUCCCAACGUGACUGUUAAUCCUGCAUUCGAAUUGGCGUAUUGGCGUUUGGGAUUGGGAUAUGCCGAAGGAUGGAUGGAGAAACUCGGCGAAGAGGUCCCAACGAAUUGGACGGUAGUCAAAGGCGAUCUGGCACCGCUGCCAGUCAACAACGGCACGUACAAGGUGUACGAAACAAUUGAAAACGACUUUUGGACGGAUGCGAUGUAUACCAAUGAUCAUCCCGCGCUAGUGGGACUAUAUGGAUGGCUUCCGCAGACAGAGGGACUCAACCUGACGAUUGCGAAAGCGACGGCUGAGAUGGUGCGAGAGGAUUGGAAUAUCACGAACUGCUGGGGAUGGGAUUUCUCGAUGCUUGCAAUGUCGUCGGCACGUAGUGGGGACGGCGAGGAGGCCAUUGAAUGGCUGUUAAACUCCAUUUUCACAUUCGACGAUGUUGGGAUGCCAGGUGGUGGUUCGCGUGUACCUACGCCGUAUUUCCCUGGCUCGGGUGGGCUCUUGUAUGCUAUUGCGAUGAUGGCAGGUGGAUGGGAUGGAAGUGAAGGGGAUGCACCAGGAUUUCCGAAAGACGGUUGGGUCGUUCGUCACGAAAAUUUGAGUAAAGC